GUCGCAAACUGGGCCUCCUAGCCGUCGCCCUUCAUGGCAGCACCUAUAUCAACCGCUUCACGGCUGUCUCGAAGGAUGCCACGCCGCCCUCGAGAGCUAUUGGCCGUGGCGUUUUUCGUCGAGCUGCCACCGUGGUGAGUCAACUCCAGGAGUUGGUGAAGCGAGUUGGAAAGGAGGAAACCGACAUGAAUGAUGGUGAGUGGCAGGAAGACACAAUGAACUUCUUGUUCAGUGCAGACUACACGGACACCCUCAUGAUUCUGGCCAGUGGGGUUCGACAGCUGAUGCAGACAGAGCCCACAGUCGUGCAAGUACCGCAGCCUUGCAAAGUGUUUGGCGACAUUCAUGGUCAGCUUCGUGAUAUGCUGCUGCUGUUUCAUGCGUAUGGGAGCCCUGGAGCCGACAAGCACUUCGUUUUCAACGGAGAUUUCGUUGAUCGUGGUGCUCACCAGCUGGAGGUUGUCGGAGUACUCUUUGCCCUCAAGCUCACCUUCCCAUCGCAUGUCUGGCUGGUGCGAGGAAACCAUGAAGACUUGCUGAUGAAUCGCAAGUAUGGCUUCGAAGAGGAAUGCCAGGAGAGCUUGGGAUCUGCGAACGGUCCCAAGACUUUCCAACUCUUCCAAAAGGCCUUCGAGUGGUUGCCUUUGGCCUGCUUAAUCGAUGACCAGAUCUUGACAGUUCAUGGUGGACUUGGAGAUGGGAAGUGGACCAUCGCUGAGCUCUCUUGCGUUCGCCGGCCUCUAAACUCGGAAGACUUCCACGCGCCAGAACGGAGAUGGCUUUACAACAUACUGUGGUCGGAUCCUAUACCAGAGGAUGAGGCUAUGCAGGAGGCUGCCAUGGUGUUUGGUGUUCACAGCUCACCCCGCAAUGCAUCUGCAGUCAAGUUUGGUUGGAAUGUUACCAAGACAUUCUGUGCUUUGAAUGGGAUUGGCCUGGUCAUUCGCAGCCAUCAAUGCCUCGAGCAGGGCCGCGGGUUCGAAAUCAUGCACGAGGACAAGCUAAUGAGAGUAUUCUCCGCUCGUGACUAUGAGGAACAUCGUAACGAUGCUGCAGUGCUGGCUAUUAAGCGCAACGGCGGUGCUUCCGCACCGCAGCUCUUGGUGCGUGCACAGGAAGCUGCGCAGACGACAGCCGGACUGAGAACGUUAUCUCAGACGCUGGACAGCAACAUCAGCUAUGCAGAGGUCUGCAUGCUGAGCCAUGGCUGCCGCCUGCUUGAAGCUCCUUCGGAUGCAGCGCGCGUGGCGGGUUACAUCGCGCCGGGAUGCGAAGCGAUGCGAAGCGAUGCAAAAGUCAUUGAAGUUGAUGCAGGCAGCGUGGAAGGUGGGGAGGGGGUGCGGGAGGGACGUGAAGGCCGUGAAGGCCUGGAUGGUCGAAGAGUGAGAUCGCCGAAUCCCGCCAUCGCACCGGACCCUGCAAGUUUGGACACUGCAGGUCGUCGUCGGCUGCAGAAGCCGCCUUUCCGGUCAGGAGUCAUGGAUUCGCAGCACCACCAGCGAGCCGGUUUCGGCAAGGCAUUCAGCAAGGCCGAGCCUGACGAAGUGGAGGGAAGGAGAACUUCUCGGAGCUCACUUUACUUCCUCGCUGUGAAGGAUGCCAUCUACACAGCACUUUUCGGUGCUCCGGAGAUCCAUCCUGAAACAUCCUGGGAUGGUGUCGGUGGUACGCUUGCCAAUGCCACCGCGUCGGCGCUGCAUGGGGCGGCAUCAGGUGCCAAGGGUGCCCUGCAUUCCGCCAGCUCCUCGCUGUUGGGCGGCGCGGCUUCAGGGCUGAAGGUCAUUGAAAGCACGGCUGGCUCCGUAGCCAAUUGGACAUCCUCAAAGGCCCAGGAGCUUGCUGCCUUCUUCACCGGAAGCUCUCUUCCAAGUGGGGAGACGAAGGAUGAGCCGGAGAUACAGGAGACUCCGAAGAGGGACCAACGCCCAUGGCAUCCUCCGUUGCUUCCGCCGGUGCUUGCCGCGGUCGAGGUUGAGCAGGCAAUCGUCAACGGAGUCAAGACCGACGAGGUAGCAGCCAUGCCGCAGCCGCUUUUCACGGCCUUGGAUGGCUCAGGAGCUGAGCCGGGAGACUUCUUCCUCUUUAUCAAGGAUUAUGGAUGGAGCCUCCGAUACCGAAUAAGCCGCGCAGAGGACUCGGUGAAUAUCGAGAGGCCACUUCUCCUGGACUGGAUCAAGCUGCGACAGCCGGUUCGUCAUCCAUCAGACCUGCUAGAGAUCCCCAGCGGCGAGCUCUUUCAGUGGGACGUCGUGGAGCCUCCGCGCCACAGCGGCUUCAUGUAUCAGGUGACACAGGUGAUGGGUUCUGGUGUCGAGGCGGUCAUCAACUUUUUCAAGGAUCGUGGCCCGAAGCUCCUCGUCCAGCAGGAGGGUGUGAGCCUGGUGGACUCUGACGGAGAGGCACCGCCAGAUGUUGACAUCCAUCGGAAGCCUGUCACCCACUGUGGGAGAUUUCAUGCAGGGGUCUCUGGAGACAGUAACAAGGUCAGCGAUGAAUCUCAAAAGCAGGCGCACCCCUCGCUCUUUAAUCCCGGCGUUCGCGAGAAGGCCUUGAAGCGUUCCCUCGCGCGAGCGCUUGGCGAGGCGCGAAACCAAGCGAGCCAGAGCCGUCUUACUGCGGCAGCACCACUUGCGGAGGUUGCCCAAGUGGCCGCUGGCUCAGCGCUGGUGUUCCUUCGGAGGCCCGACUCCCUCUUCCUAGACGUCCCCAUGCUGGAGGAGGCCCUUGAACCUGACAUGGAACCGCCGGCAGCCAACCCAAGCGAUGAGCAGGGCGACAUCUUCGCCUCGCUACCGGUGGCGAAAGCUCAGCCACUGGAAGGUGGCACAGCUGGCAACGCUGUCAAGGACGUCCUCCUCCGCUGUCUGCCGGCCUUCCGGCUGGGUGUCACUGCCGAGACCCUGAGCCACAUCCUUCGGCUUUCGGAGGCACCGGCGUUUUUCACGAUGGGCCACAAAGAAAAAGCCUUCGAGGUUUCUGUUCAGUCCAUUGCAGACACGAUUGUUGCAGAAUGGCUCAAGCAGCCUGACAGCCCCUUGCUGCGCGCGUCGUGCAUAGGCUUGGGAUGCGCUAUGGACAUCGAUCACGAUGACAAGGGCAUCGUCAUCGCGAUUGUAGUCUGA